AUGGCAAGAGAGCCUACAAGCUCCACUGGAGACGAAAUUGAGGUUGUUAGCAGAGCCGCGCCUCGAGCCAGGUCUAGAUGUAGCAUUGUUGUCGAUGAAUUCGAGGACCCCCCUCCGCCGCGCAAGAGGAGUACGAGCAAUAUUCGAGUAGUCAAAUCUCGUAGACAACGGCGUCCAGUGUACGCGGAAGAACCGGAAAUGUGGCCGCGCCGACGCCGCUAUCGAAGUGGCAGCCAUGUCAGCUUUGUUGACGAACCAGAUGAAGUAAUCGUGUCUCAUUCUCGGAAGUCAAGCCGCGCACCUCGAGUAUACUACGAUGGAGCCAACUCGGGUCAGUAUGAAUUUAGAGAUCAGGCUGAUAUUUUGGCUACACCCGACGAUAACCAAUCAAACGGCUCAGAUCAUGCUGAUUCGAUUGAAAUGCGCUGGGAUCAGCCCCGAAAUACACUUUCCUUAUCACAUGACACAGCAGAGACUCUUAAUGACUGUAUCAGACUGAUUGAUAUUCGCUCUGAGAGAGAGGAGUCGAGCAUUCCACCGUCACGCCCUUUUGCUGAUUCCUCGGUCUUCGCGCACGAUCUUGAGAUCGGGUCUGACGACAACUCACAAACUGGGGAUGCAGCUGACUUAUGCGACACCGCUCAUGUUGAAAGCGUAAGGGAAGAUGAGAAGGAAGCUUCAGCAAUCACGCACACGAUGAGUUCACGUACAGAGAAUAUGAGAAUACAGUCUGACCAACAACACAGCCAAGCAAGUCAACUAAUGCAGGCCAGAAAUGACGGUAACGAAGGGCACCUAUUGGCUGGAUCUGAUGAAAAAUUUAACAGAUUCCAAACUUCUGACAGAGGAAGUAGUUCGAAUGAUUCAUUCUGCAGACUUUCAUUUGAAGCCGAAGUGCUAAUGCCUUCUAAUGACCCUGCUCAUCCAGACCAUCCUGAUCAUGUUUGCUGGUUGAUAGCGUCCGACCACAUCGCACCAGUAGGCAGACCAGAGGGCGGCAUCGGUUACGUGGACAACGAGGCUUCUUUUAGUAGCUCUGGCACUGCCGAGCCUGCGAUGCCACUCAAAAAUGAUUUCAACGAUGCUUGGAUCGAACUAUCAGAUGAUGGUAGCCAGUAUAACGAUAAUUGCAGUCCAACGAUCCCCUCCACAAGAUAG